ACACACACACAGAGAAAACUCUCCACCUCUUUGAGUCUCUCAUUCGCUGUCAGUGGCCUCCCCUGUGGACUGAGAAGUGGGGACAGUGUGGGUGGGUGUGAGCCUCUGGAGAGAUCACACAGCCAGACGCCAGCCACACACACUCAACUUUCUCUUACACACACACACACACACACACACACACACAAUCCCUUUGCUGUGAUCAGCCACAGAAUGGCCCUUUUCUUCCGUCGGGCCACUCGGUGAAGACCCGUCUCUCUCUGUGUGAAACAAGAGGAUCCGCUGUGGCUGUGGCAGUUUGGUCUCACAGGGACUCCAGCACAGGAGUAGGGGCUGCCGUGCCUGCUUUACCGGAGUACUGACCGACACGUAUCCCACACCCUAACCGUCGGGAUGGGAGAUGGACGAGGCGUGUGAGGGGAUCCACGGCCAAACAGCGACGAGGCUCACGCAGUCGACAGACAACACUCAUCUGCUGGAGAGCUACCUGUGAACACAGAGGUGUGUGCGCUUGUGCGUGUAUGAGGACUUUGGGACACAUGAUGAAGGUGCCAGCGACCGAGUGGGUUGGGUUGACGUUGGUGGCCAUCGCUGUGAGUGGAUUGUACCACUUGGCGGAGGGGGGGUGCUCGGGGAAGUGCUGCCAGGGCACGGACCUCACCUGCACAACCACGGACUGGCGGAUGGACCGCGUCUACGGGACGUGCUAUUGUGACGAGGGCUGCCAAAGGACCAAGGACUGCUGCUUCGACUACACGAAAGAAUGCCCAGCUCAGCCGUGUGUGGUGAGCGAGUGGAGUUACUGGAGUGGCUGUGCCCAGGCGUGCCAGCGCUCGUUCCGUGUGCGGCGGCGCCACAUCGAGAGGGAGCCCAGCAACAGCGGCGAGGCCUGUCCAGCCCUCGAGGAGCAGGCCGGCUGCAUGGAAUACCAGACCCACCAGGGCCAACACUGCGCUCAGACGCAAGGUCCAGCACUCAUCACAACAGUGGAGUAUGGGAAAGGACGGACAGGACACAACCUGUACGGGGACCCACAGGAUUCUGGGUUCUGCAUGGAGUUUAAGAUGGAGACCCUGUCGCCGCACUGCAUGGUGGAGAACCGUCCGUACACACGCUGGAUGCAGUACCUGAGGGAGGGCUUCACUGUGUGUGUGGCCUGCCAGCCCCCAGCCAUGCGCAACGCCAGCCGCAGCUGCCAAGGAGACGGCAACUACGCAGACAGGGAUGAGGUGCUUCACUGGCAGGCCAUGGGGAACCCUCGGUGCCGGGGGACCUGGAAGAAGGUGCAGAGGCUGCAGCACUGCUCGUGCCCCCAGGUGCACAGUUUCGUAUUCAUCUGAGGGGAGGCACGCAGAGCACAUGCAGUCCUCAUGCACAGCCUCCGCUUUGUUAACGCCAGAGUGUUCACGUGCGUAACGUUGACAUUUUUGGCCUCUGCUCAAUUUCCCCUUUCCAAAUUCUGAUAAACUUAAUCUCUAAUGACCUGUUAACAUCUAAGCUUAUGUCUCUUCACUCAUCAGCAAAGCGAUCACAAAGACGCCAGAAUUAACUGUCUGCUGUGUGCAUAGAUGAGCACAACGCACAACCCACGUGCCAGAUGUAAUAUUCACGAUCAGCACCAGCACUGUACAAUUAGCUCUUAAGGCGCUUAAAAGACACAAAUGCAUGAAUUGUAAUUAUAAGAAAAUCAAUUAAAGUGUUUGUUUUUAAUAUUGA